CCAGCCAGUUCCUCAGCCGUGGAGCUCGGUCGGGUUUGGGUGGGUCUGGACAGCGGCGGCACCGGUAGCAGCGAUAGUGACAGUGACCGCGUGAGGCCCGGACGGAAAUGGUGAUGGCGAUGUCGGACAGUGGGGCGAGCCGCCUGCGGCGACAGCUGGAGUCGGGGGGCUUCGAGGCGCGGCUGUACGUGAAGCAGCUCUCGCAGCAGUCGGACGGGGACCGAGACCUGCAGGAGCACCGGCAGCGCAUCCAGGCGCUGGCGGAGGAGACGGCGCAGAACCUGAAGCGCAACGUCUACCAGAACUACCGGCAGUUCAUCGAGACGGCCCGCGAGAUCUCCUACCUGGAGAGCGAGAUGUAUCAGCUCAGCCACCUGCUGACCGAGCAGAAGAGCAGCCUGGAGAGCAUCCCGCUCACCCUGCUGCCGGCUGCUGCCGCCGCUGGCGCCGCCGCGGCCUCCGGAGGGGAGGAGGGAGGAGGCGGCGCGGGCGGCCGAGACCCCCUCCGCGGCCAGGCUGGCUUCUUUCCCGCUCCCGGGGGCGCCUCCCGCGACAGUUCCGGUCCGGGCGAGGAAGGAAAGCAGCGCACUCUCACCACUCUGCUUGAGAAGGUGGAAGGCUGCAGGCACCUGCUGGAAACGCCGGGACAGUACCUGGUGUACAACGGGGACCUGGUGGAAUACGAUGCGGACCACAUGGCCCAGCUGCAGCGGGUACACGGCUUUCUCAUGAACGACUGUCUGCUGGUGGCCACCUGGCUGCCACAGCGGCGGGGGAUGUACCGCUACGACGCCCUCUAUGCCCUAGAUGGUUUGGCUGUGGUCAACGUCAAGGACAACCCGCCCAUGAAGGACAUGUUCAAGCUGCUAAUGUUUCCCGAGAGCCGUAUUUUUCAGGCAGAAAAUGCUAAAAUCAAACGAGAGUGGCUGGAAGUGCUGGAGGAAACCAAGAGGGCCCUCAGUGAAAAAAGACGAAGGGAGCAGGAGGAGGCAGCGGCCCCUCGAGGGCCACCCCAGGUGGCUUCCAAGGCCAGUAACCCAUUCGAGGAUGAAGACGACGACGAGCCAGCUGCUCCUGAGGUAGAGGAAGAGAAGGUGGACCUGUCAAUGGAAUGGAUCCAGGAGCUGCCUGAAGACCUGGAUGUCUCUAUUGCCCAGAGGGACUUUGAAGGGGCCGUCGACCUGCUGGAUAAGUUGAACCAUUACCUGGAAGAUAAGCCCAGCCCCCCUCCUGUAAAAGAACUAAGGGCCAAAGUGGAUGAGCGUGUGCGACAGCUCACCGAGGUGCUAGUUUUUGAACUCUCCCCAGAUCGUUCCCUGAGGGGUGGUCCCAAGGCCACUCGCAGGGCAGUUUCUCAACUAAUCCGGCUUGGCCAGUGCACGAAGGCUUGUGAGCUGUUUUUGAGAAACAGGGCAGCAGCUGUGCAUACUGCCAUCCGUCAGCUUCGCAUCGAAGGUGCCACUUUACUGUACAUUCAUAAGCUAUGCCACGUCUUCUUUACCAGCCUUCUUGAGACUGCGAGGGAAUUCGAGACGGAUUUUGCAGGCACUGACAGUGGCUGCUACUCCGCCUUUGUGGUCUGGGCGAGAUCAGCCAUGGGCAUGUUUGUGGAUGCUUUUAGCAAGCAGGUGUUUGACAGUAAGGAGAGCCUCUCCACAGCAGCUGAGUGUGUAAAAGUGGCGAAGGAGCAUUGUCAGCAGCUGGGGGACAUCGGACUAGACCUCACCUUCGUCAUCCAUGCCCUUCUGGUGAAAGACAUCCAAGGGGCCUUGCACAGUUACAAAGAGAUCAUAAUCGAAGCCACUAAACAUCGCAACUCUGAGGAGAUGUGGAGGAGGAUGAACUUGAUGACCCCAGAGGCCCUGGGUAAGCUCAAAGAGGAGAUGAAGAGUUGUGGGGUGAGUAACUUUGAGCAGUACACCGGGGAUGACUGCUGGGUGAACCUCAGUUACACAGUGGUGGCCUUUACCAAGCAGACCAUGGGCUUCUUGGAAGAGGCAUUGAAGCUGUAUUUCCCCGAGCUGCACAUGGUGCUUUUGGAGAGCCUGGUGGAAAUCAUUUUGGUUGCUGUUCAGCACGUGGAUUACAGUCUUCGGUGUGAGCAGGAUCCAGAGAAGAAGGCUUUUAUCAGACAAAAUGCAUCCUUUCUUUAUGAAACAGUCCUCCCCGUGGUGGAGAAAAGGUUUGAAGAAGGUGUGGGGAAACCUGCCAAGCAGCUCCAGGACCUGAGGAAUGCGUCUAGACUUAUUCGUGUGAAUCCUGAAAGUACCACGUCAGUGGUCUGAUGCUUGGAUCUGUUUAUAUGCAUACGUAUAUAUUGCUUAUAUAUUAUUUAUAUUUAUAUUAAGUUGCAUUAGCAUAUUCUUUAUAGUCUCAAACACAGCUUAAAAAUAAAAGAUGUCCUCUCAGAAA